CCGGGCGGUACAGAGGAGGGAUUGUUUGUGGGGCCGCACGAGGUAGCAACAAACUCAAGGAGCGACACUGCAGUAAACACGCCUCGCCCUGUGAGUGCUGGGGACUUUCAGGAGAGCAGCCGGAUGCACCCCGCACAGCUGGAAGCUAGCCCGGCCCACAGAGUUCUGGACCAAAGGCUGGUCGCCUUCUAAAGAAUACUAAUGCUCACCCUUUGACUUUUGGCCGAGAGUCGUGCUGAGCCGGCCGCUGCCUGCCUCAUUGGCCUUUGCAACAGCGCAGGGAAAAGCAUCAGGGCUCCUCCUGCCUGGGGAAGAAUGCCGACAGUGGAUGACAUCCUAGAGCACAUAGGGGAGUUCAACUUUUUCCAGAAACAAACGUUUUUCUUCCUAGCGCUGCUGUCUGCCGCGUUCACCCCCAUCUACGUGGGCAUCGUCUUCCUGGGCUUCAUCCCGGACCAUCGCUGCCGGAGCCCUGGCGUGGCCGAGCUGAGCCGACGAUGUGGCUGGAGCCUGGAGGAGGAGCUGAACUACACGGUGCCGGGCCCGGGGCCGGCGGGCCAGGCCUUCCCACAGCAGUGCCUCCGCUACGAGGUGGACUGGAACCAGAGCGCCCUUGGCUGCGUGGACCCGCUGGCCGGCCUGGCCGCCAACCGGAGCCACCUGCCGCUGGGCCCCUGUCAGCACGGCUGGGUGUACGACACGCCCGGCUCCUCCAUCGUGACCGAGUUUAACCUAGUGUGCGGCAACUCCUGGAUGCUGGACCUGUUUCAGUCAGCUGUGAAUGUGGGAUUUUUUGUCGGUUCUAUGUGUAUCGGCUACAUAGCAGACAGGUUUGGCCGUAAGCUCUGUCUCUUGAUUACAAUCCUCAUAAACGCGGCGUCUGGAGUGCUCAUGGCCGUUUCCCCGACCUACACGUGGAUGCUAAUUUUUCGCUUGAUCCAAGGACUGGUCAGCAAGGCAGGCUGGUUAAUAGGCUACAUCCUGAUUACAGAGUUUGUCGGGCUGAGCUAUCGGAGAACAGUGGGGAUUUUUUACCAAGUGGCCUUCACCGUUGGGCUCCUGGUACUUGCUGGGGUGGCAUACAGACUUCCGCACUGGAGGUGGCUUCAGCUGACGGUGACUCUGCCCAACUUCUGCUUCUUGCUCUAUUACUGGUGUGUACCUGAGUCUCCGAGGUGGCUGAUCUCCCAGAAGAAAAGUGCUAAAGCCAUGAGAAUCAUUAAGCACAUUGCAAAGAAAAAUGGAAAAUCCCUGCCUGCCUCGCUCCAGAGCCUCCGACCCGAUGAGGAAGUUGGCGAGAAGUUGAACCCUUCAUUUCUUGACUUGGUCAGAACCCCUCAGAUAAGGAAACACACUUUGAUCUUGAUGUAUAACUGGUUCACCAGCUCUGUUCUCUACCAGGGCCUCAUCAUGCACAUGGGCCUCGCCGGGAGCAAUAUCUACCUGGAUUUCUUCUACUCUGCCCUGGUUGAGUUCCCAGCCGCCUUCAUCAUCAUCCUCACCAUUGACCGCAUAGGUCGCCGGUAUCCGUGGGCUGCAGCAAAUAUGGUGGCAGGGGCAGCCUGUCUAGCCUCGGUUUUUAUCCCUGAGGAUCUACUGUGGCUGAGAGUUACAGCCGCGUGCUUGGGGCGAAUGGGAAUUACAAUGGCCUACGAGAUGGUUUGCCUGGUAAACGCCGAGCUGUACCCCACGUUCAUCAGGAACCUUGGGGUCCUCGUCUGCUCCUCCAUGUGUGACGUCGGUGGCAUCGUCACGCCUUUCCUGGUCUACCGGCUCACUGGCAUCUGGCAUGAGCUCCCGCUGGUGGUUUUUGGCUGCAGGAUAGAAGAUGGGGGACAAAUCUAAUGAUGAACACGUGCUGGACGCGAAGUCUGAAGGCUGUGGAUGGGGACUGGGAGUCCUGGGCACUUCCGGUCACCCAGCAUCCAUUCCUUUCCCCACGUGGUAGACCAGAGGACGGAGCCUCUCCACCGCAUCCACAUGGACACAUCUCCAGAUUCACACACACAACAGCCACCUUCUCAACGUUCGCCCAGAUCCUUGAUGCACCCAUUUCAGUCUUCUCUAGGACUCAUUCUGAGCCUUUCUUUUAAUUUGACAAAAAUGUAAUACUUUUCCCCAUGGGCAUACCAGACUUGCUUCAUGUUGGGGGUGGAGUGGGGAGGAAAAGCCUCUCUCAGACACACGCCCGCCCAGGGGACAGCAGAUGGCUGUGCUCCUGGUACUGUGCAUUGUCAUACACAAGUGUCUCCGCUCUUUCCUUCUUCACAAGGGAUUUGUGAGGGGGACAUCUUUCCACUGCUAUAGGUCUGCCAGCCAAAGUUCCAAACCGUUGACAGAACUCACCCUCAAAACAGACCCAAUGAAUUUCUCCACAUUCCAACUUAAGAACAACAAGAAAGCCAGAGCUGAUAGAUCACGAGCUCUUUAUCUUGAGAUGAUCAUGCUUUGGCCACAGUGGCUGGCACUGCCCCAGAUUCCUUCCUUCCUCGCUCAGCGCUGGCUGAGGGGCCUGACCCCAGGGCCCCCUUUCCAUCUUGGGACGCGCCGUCCCCCUUCCACCUCAGUCCCUGCCGCGCCCCUAGGUGGGCAGUGAGUGACUCAUGGCUCAGCGGCCUACUUCUGGGUAGAGUACAGAUACUCCGUGUUUCUCUAAGUACCAUUUGACAAAGAAAUGCACAGGCCAGACCCAGAGGAACCAGUGCUGUCCCUUUCUUGGGUCUUACGUCCCUUUGAGAAGAUAAAGAAUUUUACCUGCAUUUCAACGUUUGAAGCAAACUCAAAGACAAUUCCCAAUUUCAUAUUUACUGACAGUUUCAUCUUCUUCUCUCCCCAACCUUUAAUCUGAGUAGGUAGCAGGAGGCUAAACUAACAAUUUUACACCUUAACUUCUUUCCCUUUCUUUUCACACAGUAAUAACGUGCUAAUUGUGCUCUUGAAAUAGCCAGAAACAGUCCUCUAGUAGCCUGAAAAUCAACAAAUCAACACGUUGGAAAAUCCUGAUUGAAAGAGUACUGGAAAAAUUAAUAAGAAACAUCCUAGUUUAUUAGGCCCAUCCUUGCAAAUAUAAAAUACUAAACAGAUUAUAAUUUGAUUAAUAUAUUUUUUCCCAAACACUUGCUUCAGAGAAUCAAAGCCAGUUGAAUAUGUUUCUUGUUGGCAUGAGUUACAACCACGUGAAUCUUUAGAGGGUGGGAAGUUCUUGAGAGGUUCGCUAUUUAGUUCCUCCCAAGUACCAGGCACUUUUCUAAGCCCUUAACAAAUGUGAAUUCAUUUCAGCCUCAUGACGAGUCUUUGAGGUGGAGACAUCACCCUGCUUUCUGUAGAGGAGUCUGGAGCAGCAGGGAGGUCACAGGACUUCUCAGGGCUCUGAGACCAGCAUGCAGGGUAUCCGGACCAGACUCAGGUGCCCAGAGUUCUAGCCAGUGCCCUGAACCACUGUGUGCCGUGGCCUGUAUUUCUCGCAGUUUUAAGGGUGCAAAAAUGGAGUCCAGCAUGUAUUUUUCAAAACCCCAGAAAGAGUGAAGAACCCACAUCCUGCUUCCUGUAUCCUUUUAUAGAAAAACAUAUAAAUCUCAAAACUGAAUGGGAAUUUAGAGAAAGAAAAACCUUACAAUCUCAAAACUUUCAUGGGAAUUUAGAGAAACAAAAACACCCUAAUGUUUACUACUAUACACCCCCCUCCCCGGCAUAUGCAAAAAAAUCACAGCUGGAGACACAGAAAAAAGGAAUUUAUCCAACACCUGAAUCAGAACUAAAAACCUGGCUCACCUGUUUAAUGCUGUUGUGCAGUAACACAUGAUUCAUUGCUUUUAUUUACUGAUUAUGAUCCAAGUUUCGGGCCCAUUUUCAUUGCCAAGUGCUUGAUAUUGGCAGGGUUAUAUUCUUCCUUUUCUUAGCAUUGAGGUUUUUUUCAGAGUUAUUUUCUAACUCCGAAGGAUCUUAAUAUUGUGGUAAUGUCCUCUAGCCGAGAAUAACUGUGACUCAAAAUGUUAAGUAUUUCAUUUCCCUAUAAGGAAUUGCAAUCCAUCGGACUUGGGAAUGGGCAAAAUAUUUAUGAUGGAGAAUAGGGCAGUCAGCGAUGGCAAAGGAAUCUGAAAGUAUAGGAGAUCACCAAAAAAAAUUUUUUUAUAAGAAAUAAGGGGGGGUUCUAAUUUUAGAGUCAGCAUGCUUCAGUUCGGAAUGUGAUUUGCGUCUGUUUGGCUUCAGCGGUGGUUGGCUUGGUUGCCGGAGGGCUGGUGCUGUUGCUUCCAGAGACCAAAGGGAAGGCUUUGCCAGAGACCAUUGAAGAAGCUGAAAACAUGCAGAGGUA